AUGGCAUUAGAUCCCAUCACGACCACGUCGGCCUUAGAAGAUGCCGAAAAACAAAUUCAAGGGUCGGUCGUCCAACUUGAAGACGCUCUUUCAACUCUCAAUAUUGACCCAAAAGAUGCGGACGAAGCCUUCGAGUUUCUGAAAGACCACCCAGACGCCCAUGAUGUGACUCGCCAGGCAUUGGCUAUUCUAGCAGAUGAAACUUCAAGAAAGCAGCUCUUGAGGAAGAUUGACUGGGCGAUCCUUCCUUGCAUGAUCGUCACCUAUUUUCUUCAGUUCCUUGACAAGACAACAAUCGGAUACACUGCUGUUAUGGGGUUAAGACAAGAUACACAUCUGGUGGGGCAGCAGUAUUCGAACGUCGCCAUGAUCUUCUACAUUGGAUAUCUGGCUGCUGAAUUUCCAACACAAUACCUCUCCCAACGCAUCUCGAGACUGGGAAAGUACCUGGGAGCAAAUAUCGUGUUGUGGGGCGCAGCACUGGCAGCUCACGCUGCUUGUCGGAACUAUGCCAACCUCAUGGUGUGUCGCGCGAUCCUCGGCGUUUUCGAAUCAUGCGUUACUCCAACUCUCGUCUUGGUCGUCGCCAUGUGGUAUAAGAAAUCCGAGCAAGGACGGAGAAUCUCUUACGUCUACGUCUGCAAUAGCUUGACCUCCAUUUUCGCCGGCUUGGUCUCAUAUGGAAUUUCUUUCUCCAAGAACGAGAGCUUCGCCAGCUGGCGAAUCUUCCUCCUCACAAUAGGACUAUUCACCGUCGCGGCAGGUGUCGUGGUAUUCCUAUAUCUUCCAGACUCACCGGUUAAGGCAAAGCGAUUUACCGAUGCCGAAAAGGUCGCGGUAUUACUGCGCGUCGCAGACAACCAAUCCGGGACUCAAAAUAAGAAAAUCAAAACCGAGCAACUUCGCGUCGUGUUCAAGGACCCCGGCGUCUGGUUGAUUAUGAUCACUGUACUGAUGCUGAGCGUCCCGACGUCAAUCCCCAACUUCUCGAGCAUCCUGUUGACGACUUUUGGUUACACACCUCAGCAAGCGUUGAUCCUCAAUAUCCCCGGCGGGGUCGUCGGUGCAUUCUCCAUCAUCCUCACAGGAUAUCUCAGCGACAAAUGGAACGAUCGCAGUCUCGUGAUGAUCAUCAGCAUCGUUCCCACCAUCACCGCCUUCGCCAUGAUGAUCGGGCUUGAUCCCGGCGGCGUGCCAAAGAGCAAAGGCGCUCUCCUCUUCGCGCUCUACCUGUGCAAUUCCUUCACGGCCGCCUUCAUGCUCCUCCUCGUCUGGAAUGCAUCCAACCUGGGCGGGCACACCAAGAAAGUCACCGUCAACGCAGCCACGCUCGUGCUCUACUGCGCGGGCAACAUCGCCGGGACCGAAGCAUUCCAAGCCAAAGAGGCGCCCGGCUAUAUCAGCGGCAAAGCGGCGAUCAUGGCGACCCUGUCCUUCCAGGUCUUUGUGUGCCUGGCCCUGCGAUGGCGGAAUGACCGCCUGAACAGGAAAAACCGCGAGAAGCUGGCCGCCAUGAGCGAGGACGAGAAGGAGACGCUCAGGAAGCAGCUUGCGUACGCCGAUCGGACGGACCGUGAGAAUCCGUUUUUCGUGUACACUCACUAA